UCAUUUCGACCAAAAAAAAACAACUAAAAAUAUUGAACCGUCCAGAAGCAUUCCUUGAUAUUGUAAAUGAAAUGCCCAAACCAAAAUCACAACAGCAUAAAACCUCCCUCCCUCCUUGCUCUGUCUCUGUUUUUGUUUUCGCAUACAUAAAGGAGUCCUGCUUCGUACACACGAACAACAACAACGUAGGUUUUGUUAGUUCCGUGGAUAACAACAAUGGAGCCAGUGUUGGACAAACUCAACGCGUUUGCGAAAUCCGGCCAGGAUUUUUUCGACGGACUUUUCCGUCGCCGCAAUCCGGUUGAAAUCCUUAAACGGUUGCAGAGAGAAGCGUUCUCUGAUCUCAUGAAACUGAGAGAGCGUCAAGAUAAGGUUGAGCGGGUGCUUUCUUUCUACCAGUCCUCGAAAGUGGGUCCCUUUCAAGAGACCACCACUCACGUGAGAGGACAAGUGGAUUUCUUAGGUGCUUUGUUGGUGCUGGGUAACUUAGAUGCUGUAGAUAAGUUGGGAAUCAGAACAGGGGUUGAUUCGAGGUUCAUUUUUGAAACAACCAUGGGGGACAAGGCUACCGGUGCUGCUGAGUUUGUGGCCAGUCAUGGAGGGAGGAGGGAACAUUGUGAAGAAAAGCCUCUUUCUCUUGCCAAGCUUAGUUUUACAGCAAAUGUCAAUGAUUGGUUCUCUUUCGUGGCUAUGCCAAUAGGUGCCCGGUGCAGAGAUGUUGCUAUUGCUUCUAAUUCCUUUCAUCAGGUUGGAAAAGGGCUUACAGAUUUUUCCUAUUUUGGGCCACCUCUUCUCAACCUGCACAAUGGUACUGCUUUUGGCAUAACUGUGAGAAAGUCAAAUGUUACUGCUUCAUUGGCUCAAAUUGUAACUGGUCUGGGUAUGCCACCUAGUUCUAGUAUAACAGAUAAUAGAUCUAGCACUUUUGGGCAGCUUGUGUAUCAAUUUUCUAGAGGAUCAAAACUGUCUAUUCUGGGUCUUCACCAUAUGCCUUUAUCAUCAAAGAAACUUGGAAGAUUUGGAGCUCUUACAAUUCCACUACUCGUGUCCAAGCAAGAUGAAGAUGAAGUUUCUGAGGCAGUACCUGAAGUAUUGCCAUUAAUAGGAACAAAGACACGUGUGCCAGCUGGUUCUAUUGCUUUAAUGGCAGAGUCUGAACUUGAUGAUUUUACAAAGAUUGGAGGUUGGGUCGAGAUGGACAAAUUAAAUCCCAAAUAUUUACAAUUGGGUGUAACCAUAUCUGAUGUGUCUGAAGAUUCAUUUGGUUGGGGAACGAGUCUCAGUGGGAGGAUGAUUGGAAAUUCGGCAAAUGAGGCUCAUUUUCAGGCUGAAUCGUAUCUAAAAUUUAACAUGGGUAAUAAUUUUUGUUUGAAGCCAGGUCUUGUAUUGGGAAUAGAUGGGAAAUCGAAAACAGCUGCCUUAGUGCUUCGAUCUAACUGGUCACUGUGAUAAAUAUCUAUGUAUUUUCCGGUAUGGCCGAGUUCUCAUUUUUUUUAUCAGGUGUAUAUGACUACUCAUUUUUUGUUAUAUACAUUUAUUUGAUUCAAAACAUGUUUGGUUUUCUUUCUUGAUGCACUA